UAUAUCUCCGCCCGUCUCUGACACCCGGAGCGUCCUCUUUCUUUUUCAUCCUCCUUCUUCUUCUUCUUCUUCUUCUUCUUAUUAUUAUAAGGACCAGGUCUCCUCUUCCUCCUCUUCCUCCUCUUCCUCCACGCACGCACACUGAUGGCGGUCGCGGCGGCACCGAAGCGGCAGGACACCCGCAAGUUCUUCGAGAAUCUGUCCGGCGCCGGGAAAUCCAUCGCGGUGCUGACCAGCGGAGGAGAUGCUCAAGGCAUGAACGCAGCCGUCAGGGCGGCCGUCAGAAUGGGCAUCUACGUGGGGGCCAAGGUCUUCUUCAUCCACGAGGGUUACCAGGGGAUGGUGGACGGGGGCGAUAACAUCCAAGAGGCAUCAUGGGAAAGCGUCUCCAGCAUGUUGCAAGUGGGCGGCACGGUCAUCGGCAGCGCCCGCUGUAAAGAGUUCCGCAGCCGCGAGGGCCGCCUGAAGGCCGCACACAACCUGGUGAAGCGCAGCAUCACCAACCUGUGUGUGAUCGGCGGAGACGGCAGCUUGACCGGAGCCAACCUGUUCAGAGAGGAGUGGAGCAGCCUGCUGGAUGAGCUCCUGCAGAAAGGUCUGAUCGACCAGGAGGCGACCCUCGCCAACUCGGAGCUCCACAUCGUCGGCAUGGUCGGCUCCAUCGACAACGACUUCUGCGGCACCGACAUGACCAUCGGCACCGACUCGGCCCUGCACCGCAUCAUCGAGGUGGUGGACGCCAUCAUGACCACGGCUCAGAGCCACCAGAGGACAUUUGUUCUGGAGGUCAUGGGCAGACACUGCGGCGUGUUGAUCUCCGGUGGGUUUGACGUGUUGAGUGUGUUUGUCACGGUGCAGAGUCGAUCUCGAGGUUCCAGGUUGAAUAUUAUCAUAGUCGCUGAAGGAGCCAUCGACAGACAGGGACAAGCCAUCACGUCUGGUUCUGUGAAGGAUAACCGCGCUGAUAAGAAAAGGCUGAACAUUAUUAUUGUAGCUGAAGGAGCCAUAGACGCCCACAACAAGCCCAUAACUCCUGAUUAUAUCAAGGAACUGGUCGUCCGCUGCCUGGGUUUUGACACCAGGGUCACUAUCUUGGGUCACGUGCAGAGAGGUGGGACCCCCUCCGCCUUUGACAGGAUCCUGGCCAGUCGUAUGGGCGUGGAGGCCGUGCUGGCGUUACUGGAGGCGUCUGCCAACACCCCGGCCUGCGUCGUGUCCCUGGUCGGCAACCAGGCUGUUCGACUGCCACUUAUGGAGUGUGUUCAGAUGACCCAGGAAGUGCAGAAGGCCAUGGAUGAGAAGAAGUUUGAGGAGGCCGUCCGCCUGCGUGGGAGGAGCUUUGAAAACAACCUGAGAACCUACAGGCUCCUCUCCUACCGGAAAGCAGACUCUGAACUUCCGAAUAGCUCCUUUAACGUGGCCGUGCUGAACGUCGGUGCGCCGGCGGCCGGUAUGAACGCUGCCGUGCGUUCUGCCGUCAGAGUGGGAAUCACCGAGGGCCACAAAAUGUUCUCGGUCAGCGACGGCUUCGAGGGAUUUUACAAAGGACAGAUCAAAGAGAUCAAAUGGGGCGAUGUUGGUGGUUGGACGGGACAGGGAGGGUCGCUGCUCGGGACUAAAAGGACUCUUCCAGGAAAACAUCUGGAUAAAAUAGCCGAGCAGAUGAGGGUCCAUAACAUCAACGCCCUGCUCGUCAUCGGAGGAUUCGAGGCCCUCGAGUCCCUGCUGCAGCUGUACGAGGCCCGUGCGGACUACGAGGAGUUUUGCAUCCCCAUGUGCAUGCUGCCUGCCACCAUUAGUAACAAUGUGCCCGGCACCGACCUCAGCAUCGGCGCGGACACGUCCCUCAACGCCAUCGUGGAGACCUGCGACCGCAUCAAGCAGUCGGCCAGCGGCACCAAGCGGCGGGUUUUCAUCAUCGAGACCAUGGGGGGCUACUGUGGCUACCUGGCCACUGUGGGGGGUCUGGCUGCCGGAGCAGACGCCGUCUACAUCUACGAGGAACCGUUUGACAUCCGCGACCUGCAGGCCAACGUGGAGCAUCUGACGCAGAAGAUGAAGACGAGCAUCCAGAGGGGCUUGGUGCUCAGGAACGAGAACUGCAACGAGAACUUCACCACGGAUUUCAUCUACCAGCUGUACUCGGAGGAGGGUCGGGGCGUGUUCGACUGCAGGAAGAACAUCCUGGGGCACAUGCAGCAGGGAGGAGCUCCGUCUCCAUUCGAUAGAAACUUCGGCACCAAAGUUGCAGCUAAAGCGAUGCAGUGGAUCACAAGGACGCUCAAGGACUCUUACAAAGGAGGACGAGUGUUUACCAACUCGGAGGACACCGCCUGUCUGUUGGGGAUGCGCCGCAGAGCGAUGGUCUUUCAGCCCGUGUCUCAGCUCCGGGACGAGACCGACUUUGUCCACAGGAUCCCGAAGGAGCAGUGGUGGCUGAAGCUCCGUCCGCUGAUGAAAAUCCUGGCCAAGUACAAGACGAGCUACGACGUGUCCGACUCGGGACAACUGGAACACGUGACCCGGGUCCGACCCAGAGAGAGCGACGGCUCGUCCGCCAUUUGAACCAAAGAGAUUCGCUCCAACGUGAAAACAGCUCCACCGAACCGGGGUGGCUGCUCACACGACGACGGAUUGACAGAUAAAUUAUGGUAGAUUUUAAAAGGCGGGUGAUGAUAUUAAAGUUACGCCGUGCGGUAAAGUCGCAGCACUUUUCAGAGCGGAUCGUCCAUAUUUUAGAUUUCGACAGAAUUCGAGGUUGGUCUUUUGGAACAGAGCUUUUCACAUCUUACUAAAUUUGACUGGGGAGAUUCUACGAAAUACAAAGUUAAUAUAAACCUAAAUGUGUAUAAGCACGAUUCAAGUUUUGGUCCUGAAAGUGUAGCUUUAUCUUUUUAUUUUGAAGAAGCCAAACUGAGCAAACGUCUUCGUGGCAUAAAAGCAGAAAGCCGGAGUCGGGUAAUGAAUUUUAAGUGUCGCUUUUGUCGUUUUUAUUUUCCGCAGCACUUUGAGCCCCGUGAUAAAUGUAAUCCCCCUAAAGCUGCUUAUAAACAGAGAAUGUCCCGGGAGGAAUCGAACUCACGGUCCGAGAACCUGUUCGCAUAAAUGUCAACCGUUUGUGUUUUUUUUUCCUUUUAAACCACGUCGUGAGGCAGAGAACUGUCGGGAACCGAGUGCAACGUUAACCUUUGUGAACGCAGUGUGGUUUGUGUGUCCUGUCAGAGUAAUAAAGCUUUUAUUGUGUGGAAGGUUA